AUGGAUCAGAUGAAAACGGCGAACAAUGUCAGCUUCAAGCAACGCAAAGGAUUUUUCAUAGAGCGGUGGCUUCUCGCUCUUUUAAUCGCUGUAGCUGCAGUUUGUGUUCUAAUCGUCGGGCUGCUUGUUGGAUAUUUGACACCUUGCCACAAAAAGAUUGUACCUUCUGAACUGAAUGAUAACGAUGAAGGGACUCCGAAAUCCUUACCUUACGUUCGUCUACCCCGGAGUAUAAUUCCAGAACAUUAUGACGUUGAAUUGCAACCUUACAUCACACCCAGCAACUUUACAUUCGACGGCAAAGUGCGCAUUCGAAUCAAUGUGUUAGAGCCCACAGACAAUAUAACUUUGCAUAUAAACAAUAUUACUGUACACCGGGACAGUGUCCGUCUGACCGGACAAGGUAGCGUACCGGACAUCGCCUCAACGAGCGAAGAUUUAGAAAGGCAAUUCUAUAUUCUUCAUUUAAAGGGGCAAUUGGAAGCAGAGGAGCAUUACGAUGUGUACAUGGAAUUCUUAGGCAGUUUGAAUGACAGACUUGCGGGUUUCUAUAGAAGUUCUUAUAAAGAUGCCACUGGUGAGACGAGGUAA